GUCAGUUGACAAGGUUCUCUCCAUGAGUCACAUUCGGAACCCCCGCCCGGGGACAGGGGCAGCGCGAGCCAAACAGAUGGGGCUGCUCCUGGAUCUGUCUCCGGAUGGAGGAGGAAAUGAAAAAGAGCUAGAGGCGGAGCUACUGGCACUGAUGGGCGGGUCCCAGGGGAAGAAAGGGACAGGAAAAGCUCCAGUUCCCAUGGCUGAUAUCGAGCGUAUGGCGGCUCUGUGUAUGAAGGACCUUGAUGAGGAUGAUGAUGAUGGGGAUGAUGAUCUGGAGGAUGAUGAUGAUCUCCUGGCUGAGCUGAAUGAGGUUUUGGAGGACGAUGAUGAUGAAGAGCUUCAGAAACCUGCCACCACUCCAAGCUCUAACUCCACCCCCCGCUCCACCCCCAGUACUCCUAGUGGUGCAACCGGGCUGGAGGCCUGCCUGGCUGAACGCAUUGACAUGUACCAGACAGCCAUCUCCAAUGCUAAUGCAGAGGGGGAGACCAGCAAGGCUCGCAGAUACGACCGUGGAUUGAAGACGUUGCAGUCCAUGAUGACGUCAGCCAAGAAAGGAAAACCGAUCAACGAAGAGGAAAUCCCGCCUCCUGUCUCCACAGGUGGAAAGCCUGCCCCAGCCCCCGUGCAGCAGCCUAAACCAAUCAAAGAGCGGGGGCUGCCAACCCCAGUGCUGACACCCUCCCCGUUCACCAAUCAGAAGCCACUGAGGGAGGCUCCGCCUGUUGUCCCUCCUCCUAAGCCCCGCCUCCUGGUCCCCCCUCAGAAACACACUGCCGUUACCCCUGAUACACCUGCUAUCUCCCCCCUCACCCCCAUUCAACCAGACGCACGGCACUCAGAGUUGAAGCAGUGUGUUCUAAACAGACAGAGGGAGUAUAAGCUGGCAGCCCUCCACGCCAAGCAGGGAGGAGAGUCAGAACUGGCCAGACAACACUACCACAUCGCCAAGAAACUAGACCCAGUAGUAGAGGCGUUGGACAGAGGGGAACCAGUGGACCUCAGCUCUCUACCUCCCCCUCCAGGAGAUGCAGUGGUAGAGCGUUCAGCUCCUCCCCAGUCUUCCUCCAGGCCCUCCCCUGCAGCUCCCCCUGCAGCUCCCCCGGUGGUCGACUCCGCCCUCCCAGCCCCAGGCAGUGUAGGGGAAGCGUUACAACAGAGGAUGGACAGAUACAAAGCUGCAGCAGAGGGGGCCAAGAGCAAAGGAGACGACCGCAAGGCACGCAUGCACCAGCGCAUCGUCAAGCAAUACCAGGAUGCCAUCAGGUCUCAUAAGGCUGGACGACCAGUCAACCUGGCUGAUCUUCCUGUACCACCAGGCUGUCCUCCGCUGCAGGGCUCAGAGAGCAGCCAGCAGAACUUCAUGGGCGUCCUGGACACGGCCAUGAAACUAGCCAAUCAGGACGUAGACGCGGAGGACGAGGACGGAACAGGGGAAUUGGCCAAGCCUGCAGUGGGAGCUCCAGUCCAGAAAGUCAAAGCCCCGACCCCUCCCACACCAGGAUCUGGAGGCAACACAACACAGGGCUCCAGACUGGGGCUUAAAGCCCAGCAGCAGUUGGACUUCCUGUUGCUGCGGCGACAGGCGUUCGUCCGCGCGGCGCUGCGUUCUAAACAGAUGAAGGACAUGCAGGGAGCGGCGGUCCAUCUCCGACACGCUAAAGGACUGGACCAGAUGAUCAGCGCCACCAAGGGAGGCCUGCCUGUAGACAUCACCAAGGUCCCCAGUGCUCCAGUCAGUGAGGAGGACUACUCUCUGGCUCGGUCUCGUUCCUCUCCUCGCUCCUCAGAGCAAUACAACAGCCUCAUGGAGCUCCUCCGACAGCAGCACCAGAAAUGUCUGGCUUACUCCCAGCAGUUCACUCACAUGGGAAGUGUGGCCGAGACCUCCAGGUUUGAGAAGCUGGCAGAGGAGUGUAUGCAGAACAUUGAGGUGCUGAAGAUGGCCCAUGCCAAGGGCCAACCUGUCCCCAAAUACCACACUGAGGAGAGGACCUUCAACACUGUCAAAAUGUAUCCUGACCUGACAGCCAAUGAGAUGACGCUGUACAUCGUGAAGGGCAUCAAUCUACCUGCUCCCUCAGGAGUCUCUGCCAGUGAUCUGGACACCAGUGUGCGCUUUGAGUUUCCUUUUCCUAGUAUGGAGGAGGCCCAGAGGGAUAAGACCAGUACAGUGAAGAACAGCAACAGUCCAGAGUUUAAAGAGAAGUUUAACCUGAACAUCAACCGUCAACACAGAGGCUUCAAGAGGGUCGUCCAGGCCAAAGGCAUCAAGUUUGACAUCAUCCACAAGGGGGGUCUGUUCAAGGGGGACAAAGUGUUGGGGAACGCUCAGCUGAAGCUGGACUCACUGGAGAACCAAUGUGACAUCAGACAGAUUAUAGAGGUGUUGGAUGGUCGUAAGGCUACGGGGGGUAAGCUGGAGGUGAGGGUGAAGAUUCGGGAGCCGCUGGGAGGAGCACAGCUUCAGAUCACCACAGAGAAAUGGCUGGUCCUCGACCAAUCACCACCCCCGACAGAGAGAGAGAACCCUGACCAAUCACCACCCCCGACAGAGAGAGAACAACAGGGCCCCUCUCCUCGCUCCAAACCAAAGAGUGACAAUGGGAGGAACAAGCAGUCUAACCAGUCCAGCCACUCUCCUCCCCAGUAUAAACUCCACAGUUUCAGUCUAAUGCACUACGAUAAGGAGAGACUGGAGAGACAGAUUGGUGAUUACAGGAAGAGUAGGCGGGAUCCUCCGUCUGACCUGGUACAGCAACACAAGGAGGUCACACACAGGCUGCAGUGGCAGAAAGCCCAGCUAGAGAGAGGCUCCCCUACUCUACUGUUAGAGUAUGAGAAUAUUUUGCAGCGUUUUGCCCAGGGACUUGCUGAGUCAGUGAAGAGGUUUUCCAGCCAAGGCAACAGGGAUGCUGCUAAGGACGCUCUCGGACGGCUGAAGAUGGUGGAGACUGAGUUGGAAUCUCUGAAGAGGAAACGCCUGGUCUAAGAAGAGGAGGACAGAGGGACUGGAGAGUUGGCUGGAGUACUGUUAUGUUA